GGACUCUUUUUGACCGUGUGAAUGCCCAGAGCGACACCAAAAGAAAAUUUGAAAAACAUCCGACUCUUUUGCAUCCCAAUGUGAAACGGCACUAAGCGGUUAUUCCUUUUCUUAUUUUUAUUGAAAAAAGUAAAACAUUCAAUAGUUGAAUUUUGUGCAUAAAUCAAAUGCUGCUUCGAUUUCAAACAAUUUUCAUUUACCUAAAUACUCGCACCAGAGCAACUAUUCGAAGAGUGGCAAUGUUACGUUAAGAUCUCAGACAUGAAAUUUAGUCGUCAAGAAGAAUUUGCAGGAAAUAUUAUAUGUACUUUUCGGUCAAUUAAAAAAAAUUAUAUUGAGUUAGAAAGUAUUUACUGAAAGUAUUAAAUCACAUUUGGUUGGAUCAAAACAUCAACAGUAAUGCACGAUUACAGCAAUCAGAGCGAAUUCAUCUAUUUUUAUAUGCCUUUAUAGCAAAAGAACAGCUGAUUAUGUUUUCAUUCGCCAUAUAUGAUUAAAACAAACCCAUGCAUAAGUAUUUUGAAAUCAAAACCUAUAUAUAUUUUCACGAAUGGUGAUGGCCACUAACAUUGAAAAAGCCAGAGUGCUUAUAGUAGGAGAUUCGGGAGUUGGAAAAACAUGUUUAACACACCUGAUAGCACACAGUGAAUCAUUAACACGGCCAGGAUGGACUGUCGGAUGCAAUAUAGAAGUCAAGUUACACGAAUAUAAGGAAGGGACCCCACAGCAAAAAACCUAUUUUAUUGAACUGUUCGAUAUUGGUGGGUCCUUAAGUCAUAGAAAUACGCGAGGUGUAUUUUAUACAUCUUUGCAUGGAAUUAUUCUAGUUCAUGACUUAACAAAUCGCAAAAGUCAAGAGAAUCUACGGGAUUGGCUUUUUGAAAUCCUUAAUAAAGAUGGAAAAGAUAUUAAAAAUUUUAGUUGUGAUAAUACAUUUGAUCCAGAGCAAUUUUUAGGAUCGACACAACUUCCCAUGAUAGUAGUUGGUGCAAAGCUAGACCUAUUAGAGGAAAAACGGAAAUCAAACCAACUUCAAAAAAUUGGUUCGAUCGCAGAGCAGUGUGGUUCGGAAGAAAUAUGGUUAAAUUGUAGAGAUUCUCGUAGUUUCGCUGCGGGAACAACCGAUGCCGUCAAAUUAUCUCGUUUUUUUGAUCGUGUAAUAGAGAAGAAAAAUCAUUCUCGCGACCUGCUCAAUGCAUCCACAGAUAGAAGAAAACAUACAAGCAUGGAAGUUGGGAAUAGAAUAAGCUCGCAAUUUACUUGAUUAAAAAACACCAAGAAUGUAUUGUAUGAAUAUUUAUGUAAAUGUUUUUUGCUAUAUCCUAAAUAAAAGGUAUAUAGAAUAGUCCA